CGCAAUCCGGUCAACUCGUCCCCUGGUCAACUCGUCCCCUGGUCAACUCGACACCUUUUUGGUCAACUCGUCCCCUACUUUUGGUCAACUCGUCCCUAAUAUGGUCAACUCGUCCCCUACUUUCGAUCUCUGUCUUUAAAAUGUCUUUAAAUAAUUCUUUUAUGUAAAAUAUGUAAAAUUAAUACUGAAUUUGAUUGAUAUCGAAAUAUUAAUAAAAUAAUUACGUCUUUUUUACGUUAAAUUUUAAUGAUCUUUAUCUAAGCGCACGUGCAUAGCUUUGAUGUCAAACUACAAAGACAGGUAAGUUUACAAACAUUCAAUUAAUGUUUAAUUAAUCGGAGUUUUAAUGAUAAUUAAAACUAAAAUUAGGUCCAACUCUUUGAUUUUUACCGCCUCCCUGAAUGGAUUAAAGACUGACGACAGAUUAACAGAAAUUAGAAGCGCUAAAAACUUUAUGUCGGUGCGUAUUGAUCUCAUUAUAGAAGGAUCGUGUCAAUUAAAAACAUGAUAAUUGUUUGUUGGGAAAUUGUCAAUAUAAAAGUUGCCCUGAUAAAUAUAAGAUUUAUUCUUAAAAACACAUUUGCGUUGUACGUUAUAUGAACAUUGGAUUAUUUUUUUUGUGCAUAUCAAUCAUUUCUUAGAAUUCCAUAUUGUUGGAUUAUAGACUGCAUGUGAACGGUGUAUGUGACAAUUUUAAUUAUUUGUGUUGUUAAUUGUGACUUUUUUAAUUGAUUAGUGUCGUUAAUUGUGACAAUGUACCCCUGCAUUGAUUGUAGGAAACAUGUGCGGAAAAAUCAGCAAGCACUUCAGUGUGAGCGCUGUGAACACUGGCAACACAGAAGUUGUAAUACAGGAUGGCAUAGAAGAUUGAAUGGGAGGGCUGGGGGAACGCCUCCAUUCUACCUUUUGAUAAAACUGCUGUACGAUGAGGCCCAGGUAGCGGUGAGGAACUCGGAAUUGAUAAGUGAAGGAAGACUACGCCGCUACCAGCGGAAAAAGUACACCUUUCUUCAGGGACAGACGCACCAGCUGUGGGAUAAGUACAGGAAUGGGGAGUUAUCAUCAACGGGACUUUUGAGAGAAUUCGGCAACUUAUACAAGCCCCAAGAGUAGAGUCGUAAGAUGUCAAAAAAAAGACAAUGAAAUAUGUGCAUGGAAAAAAAAACAAUGAAAGUGUGAAAGUGAAAGUGACUAUAUAUACAUGUAUGACAUAAUAUUGACAAAAAAGACAUACGAUAUGAUAUUUUAUCUUUGCAUAUAAAACAUGUUUUUAUACAUUAAAUGUUAUUGCUAUUGAUCGUCUUCGUGUUGUUUUUUUCUGUAUGUAAUUUAAUCAGAAUUAUGCAUAUAUAUCCUUAUUAUAAGAUGGAACUCCAAAUAUUCGCAUACAAAAAGCGUCAAAAUAUGUCCAAUUCAGUAAUUUUAUAAUAUAUUAUUUUAACAGUCUAUAAUGAUUUAUGAACUAUAUGAAAAACAAGUAGUAAUAAAAUAUAAGGGACGAGUUGGGGACGAGUUGACUAGAGGACGAGUUGUCCAGGGGACGAGUUGACCAAAAAGGUGACGAGUUGACCAGAGGACGAGUUGACCAGAGGACAAGUUGACUCUG